AUGUGGCAAUUUAUGAAGCUAGGAAUUGGUGGCAUGCUUGCACAGUGUGAGUGGGUCUUCUGGGAGUGUGCUUCUCUGGUCAUUGGACUAUUGGGUACUAUUCCUUUGUCCGCCCAUACGAUCCCAAGCCAAGUACUGAUGUUCUUGUGGUUGCCGCCACUGAGUGCAGGAACUGCCUUAUCCAUUAGAAUGGGAAUCACUAUGACUCACAGUGUCAGGAUGACAAAGAAACUUAUUGUUAACGCAACAGUCCUGAUCGUAUUAGCCGGGGCUGUGGUAAAUAUUUUCGUCUACCUGCAAGCAAAGCCGAUUAUUCAAUCGUUUACGAAUGACGUUGAGGUUUUGGCGACUGCCGAAAAAAUGUGGUGGAAGAUGUGCACCUUCAGUCAAGUGUGUUCACUGUUUGGAGCACUUUGUGGAAUAGCCACCGGGCUUGGAAUGCAAUGGACGUUAGCAUCGAUCAACUUGGUUUGGCUUUGGGUCGUUGGUUUGCCGACAUUGUACUAUUUCACAAUUAUUCGUGAAGGGGGCUUGGAAGCUGCAUGGACAUGCAUCAACCUUCCGUAUGCAGGAAUGGACCUAAGUUUACUAGUGACAUUUGCCUGUGUGAACUGGGAAAAGGUUGCAGACGAGCAACAACUUAAAAACACAACAGAUGAUUCGAAUGAAAAUGUGACUCUAUUGGCUGAUCCUCUCAGCAAUAUAGAACUAACCCAGCAUCUGGAAUGA